CCAGUGCAGAUUCCCCCUCCAAUCUCACCUAAACAAGACCCUGAGCAAGCGUUGACUCAACAAAUCGACUACUACUUCUCGUUAGAAAACUUGCUUAGGGACAUCUUCUUAAGAAAGAAUAUGGACUCCGAAGGAUGGAUUGCCUUAGACUUGAUUUUGAACUUCAAGAGAGUGAAGAUCAUCAUCAACGGUAUCCAAAACUCCCUCGAAAACGUCCAGGAGUUCGACGGCAGCAUCAUUCUUGAGUCAAUCAAGAAGUGCGAAAAUUUGGAGAUUCAAUACAUCAACGACAAGACGGCUGAAAAUGCCGCCAUCGACGAUGUCAAGUUGAGAGUCAAGGGUAAUUACGAGCAGUGGUUGUUA